AUGGGUAUCGAGUUUGACAUCAUAAAACCUUCUAAAGCCCUUCAUAGAAUUUAUCACUUGGAUAGUAGCCCCCAAGUCAAGAACCCACACAUCUGCCUCCUCGUUGACAAUCAAAGUCUCAUGGACCUCGCAAGCUCUCUGUUUCCUUGGUCUUCCAUUGGUAUUAGCUUGAAGCUUACCGGUAUUGGGCUUAAGAGCAAAAUGAGGGUUUUGUGGAGGAGGAGGAUACCUACGAAACUUUUAGAGGGCUCCCCAUUUUGUAGAGAAAAUGAAAGAGUGGCCCUCUUAGAUUUCAAAGCUUCUAAUUCCAACCCAAAUGCUACAUUGAAGGUCCAAAUCGAUUCAGGGAAGGGGUUGAAUUGUUGCACAUCUAAUGGUGUGAGUCUCAGAGUAGAUACGAUACCUUGGAAAGAUAGUAUUGAAAAAGCGCCCUUUAUGUCCUUCACAAAGGAAGGGAAGCCUCCAAUCGCCAUGAACGUCAAAAAUGCUGCCACAAACAUGAGCAUGGACUCUGUAAUGCUGAAUGCCUCUUCCUUAACUAGACUCAGCCAGCUGCAACAUUUGCAACUGAGGUUCUUUGCUGGUGUGUUGCCCAUAAAAGAGCUCUCAAAGCUAAAGAACCUGAGUGAGCUAAUCUUGGUUUCCAAUGAAUUUAGUGGAGGAAUUCCUGAGGAGGUGGGUUUGCUCUCUUCCCUUAAGAAACUUGAUCUAAGGAAUCACCAUCAAGGACCCAUCCCGGCAUCCAUUGGUGGCCUAACAUUUUUGGUUGAGCUGGAUUUGUCUUACAAUGAUCUCAAUGGAAGAAUUCUAGAGGAAGUGGGUUUGCUCUCUUCCCUUCAAAAGCUUUAUCUAGAUGGGAAUCGGCUUCAAGGACGCAUACCAUCAACUUUGGGUAACUUGUCCCGUCUCAAUGUUCUACAACUAUAUGGGAAUCAACUUUCCUGUAGCAUACCGGAAUCUCUUGGCAGCCUAUUAUCAUUGGAACGGCUUGACAUCGGCGAAAAUAAACUUGAAGGGAGCAUACCAUCAACUCUGAAUAACUUGUCCCGUCUCAAUGUUCUACAACUAUAUGGGAAUCAACUUUCAGGUAGCAUACUGGAAUCUCUUGGCAGCCUAUUAUCAUUGGAAUCGCUUGACCCCCAUGAAAAUAAACUUGAAGGGAGCAUACCAUCAACUCUGGGUAACUUGUCCCGUCUCAAUGGUCUAGAACUAUAUGGGAAUCAACUUUCCGAUAGCAUACCGGAAUCUCUUGGCAGCCUAUUAUCAUUGGAACGGCUUGAGCUCGACAAAAAUGAACUUUAA